AUGAGAGUUGAUAUUGUGUCCACUUCGAUUCUACUCCUUUUUCUUCUCAUCGGACAAUCUUGUUCAUUUUUCAUAGGAGAUUAUCAGAGAAUGAAACCGAAAGGUGAUAAUGGGGAGGAAGAUACCACUAUUUCUGAUGACUCAGCUGUGACCGAAGCUCCAGUCGAUCCUUCGACCGAACCUACGGUGAAACCAACCAAAGCGAUACCAAAGAAUUCACCGUCCACUGCACCAACUAUUCCACCGGUCGUAGCAACAACUCCUAAUCCGAAUAUUACUCUGAUUGAAAAAGAUGAUCAGAUAUCUUUUCUGGCGAAUUCGAACGGACAUCGAGAUGAACAUUUGAAGGGCAGGUUUGCGUAUGUUUGGUCGUGGGAUGAGUCACUUGUCGAGUCAGCCAUCUCCAUAAUCGGUGAUUCCUGCAGUAUAAAAAUCGAUAAUUCUGACAAUGUCAGAGAGUUGAUUCUGGAGGCAGAAGACUGGUUUAAAAUCAAUAGAGAUCGGAAGACAAUGCAUCAAAAGAUAACUUCAAUGACAUAUACGAAGGGAAUCUCCCGUGUUGGAUGUGUGAAAAGAAUCAAUUGUGGAAAGACGGCAGAGAAUGGAGAUGUUUUCAUUUUCUGUCACUUUGCACCGAGCAAUAUCACAGAGGACGCAGGAUUCGAUAAAGGGUACGAAGGGUGUGAACAUGAUGGAACUUAUUCGAGUCUUUGUGUGGAUGCUCCGUUGAUUCCAAAGGAAAGAGUGACGGUUCCUCCGGUUAAAUAUGUGUAUUUGAACAAGUCAUCUGCUGAAUUCAAUGCGAUGUUUUUGAUGAUUUCUGUAGUGAUUUUUGGGAUUUGGAAGAGAAAAAAUUAUUAG